AUGUUUGUUUUUUUUAUAUCAUUAUUGGUCAGUUUGACAAAAGAGGAUUGGAUAUAAAUUGACUAAAGUUUUUAUAGUACAACAGUCUCAAGUAAUAAUUGGGUUACAAGAAGAAGUUGUUUAUGCAAUAACAAUUGCUAAGAAAAUUUUUAAACAGGAUAAUGUUCUUCGAAUUCCUUGGAAUUUUAGAGAUUACGAAAAGAUAGAUAGAGAAUCCAAAAAUAGUUUAAUUAACAGAGUUUUUAAGUAUAUGUGAUUUUCGAUGUUUACUUUGAUUAUUCAGAUUCAUCUGACAGUCGUUUCAAUGUAACAUAUUAAGAAGGUUCAUCCUCUUAAUCUAUCAUUUACUCUAAAAAUUAUAAAAAUUAGGAUCUUGUUUAGAAAUCAAAUCGAAUAUGUACAGGGGGAGGUGAUUAUGAAUUUGAUCUAAAUACGGUAGUAAGUACAACAGUUAAUAAAUUUGCAAAUUCUUUUAUAAUAGCAUUUUGUAUGGAUCCAUAGUAAGAUUACAUUUCUGUUUUUAUCAGAAACUUAUUAGUAUAUGCAAACAUUUGUUAUCCAACGUGUAAAACAUGUUCUACUUCUACUACUUGCACAUCAUGUUAUUAUCAAACACUAUAGGCAGGAGAUGCUUGUUUAUGUGAUCCGUCUCACUAAUUUGCACAAUCUGCUGUUGGAUGUCGUUAGGAGUGUGAAAGAGAUUAUUAUAUAGCAAGAUCAGACUAAAUUUGUGUUCCUGAUAGAAGAAUAAAGUCUAAUUAAAAAUAUUUUGAUUCAAAUUCAAUAUCAUCUUCUGAUUUCCCAAGAUAUAAGCCUUUUUAAUUCAUUCCAGAUAUUUUUCAUUAUUAAAAUACAGAUUUAGUUUAUGAUAAUUGUGACGGUAAUGACUUUGUUGGAGAAUUAUACUUUAAUGAAGGGAUGUAAUUAUUUUUGGGUAAAAUUAACGCUAUUAAAUUUAUUAGAUUGAGAAUUUCAUUUUAUUGUUUUAAUUUUUAAACUGAUAGCAAGAUUUAAAUUUUUAUAGAUAAUAUUUAACAAGCAGAGUUAUUAAAAAUACCAUCAAGUUAUUCCUAUAAUAAUAUUGUAAAAAUUUCAUUUGGUUCAAAUUCAUGCAAUUCUAAGUCAUAUACUCUCAUAAGAAUUGAAUCAGUUUUAAGAGUAUAUUCAAAUAACCCUUUAUUGUAUAUUUAAGGAAAAUUGUAAACUUCUAGUGAAUCAUGGGGAUUUAGAAAUGUGACUAUAGAUGCUGGAUUAUGUAAAGAAAAUUGUAAAAUUUGCACUGACUUUUCAACUUGUUUUUAGUGUGAGUCAAAUUACAUUCUUUAUUAAGGUGGUUGUGUCACAAGUUGUCCUGUAUAUUCUUCUAAUUGUAUUGAUUAUGCAGAUAUGAUAUCAUGUAAUCAUAAUAAGACUUAUAAUAGAUUCACGAUAUUUAGCAAAAGGGUUUUAUGAUUUAAAUAUGACAUAUGAGGAAGUUGAGUCAUUUUAUACUUCUGUCUAAACUGUUGGUAACAGCAAUUUGAAAACAGGAUAAAAAUUCUCUUUUUUUCCUAAUAAAUUUGUCUUAGGUGGUCUUAUGGUCUGGAAUGAUGCAAAAUACAUAAAAUCAUGGAGUAUUCUAAAACCACAUUAUGCUGUUACUAUAAGAUUUAAUGUUACCUAUGGAGAUGAAUAUUCAGGAGGUUUUUACUAUAAAAUUGAAAAUUCCUAAUAUGGUCCUUUUCCAAGACCUAAUAGUGGGUAAAAUAUUAUUGGUAGAAAUAAAGAUGAAAGAAUUAGAAACUUUGAAAUUUUCUUAGAUUUAUUUUCAUCAGCUUCUUUAUAUCUCGAAUUAGAAUGCAAAGGCGGUAAUGCAGAUGUAAGAUAAGAAUUUUGUGCUAUUUCUGAAUAUUUUAUUGUAGUUCAUUAUGUAAUUAUCAAUUUUAAAAUUAGUGCCAACCAUUUUGUUCAGAUUGCAUAAGUGCAACAGUUUGUAAUACUUGGGAACCGGGGCGCACAAGUUCAUCAUGUUUAUCUAAUGAAUUUUUAUCUUUUGAUGAGAAUGCAUAAACAUAUAGUUGUGUUGUAUGUAAUCAACCUGGUUGCUUAACAUGCAAAAGUUAAGAAGACUGUACAUCUUGUAUUUACACACUUACUAAUAAAUUCUAUUUAAUAAAUGGUAUAUGUUAAUGUUAUCCAUUCACUUAUUUAUCUGGUAACUAAUGUGUUUCGUGUAAUAAAUAUUGUGAAAAUUGUAAUGGAGGAGGAGAGAGUGAUUGCAUAACUUGUGUCCCCGAUUUUCAUAGAUCAAUAUCAUUUAAUAUUUGUUUAUGUUAACCUGGAUAUUAUGAUGAUGGAAUUAAUUUACCAUGUGUCCCAAUAUGCGGAGAUUAAUUAGUAGUUGAUGGAGAGGAUUGUGAUGAUGGGAAUUCUAAUCCAUUUGAUGGUUGUGAUAAUUGCAAUUAUAGUUGUGACUUUGGAUGUAAUAUAUGCGUAAGAGGUAUUUGUGAAGAUUGUAAUAUUGGAUUCUCAUUAGUUGAAAACAAAUGUGUUAAUAUCUGUUAAGACAACAAAAUAGUAUCUAUAGAAGAAUGUGAAGAUAACAAUUUGAAACCAUACGACGGAUGUUUUAAUUGUAAAUUUUAAUGUGUACAAAAUUGUUUGAGUUGCUAAUUUGGUGUUUGUUUAAAAUGUGAGGAAUAAAAUGGAUGGUAUUUAUAAGACAACAUUUGUUAACCAAAAUGUGGUGAUGGAAUAGUAACAUAUUUAUAUGAAUAAUGUGAUGAUCAAAAUGAGAAUCCUAAUGAUGGUUGUAAUAAUUGUGAAUAUUCGUGUGUACCAAAUUGCUCAAGAUGUGAAAAGGGUAAAUGUUAAUAUUGUAACACUGGAUAUUCAUUGCAACUAAAAACUAAUUCUUGUAUACCUAUUUGUGGUGAUGGUCGUUUAGUAAAUUCUGAAAUAUGUGAUGACGGAAAUUUAAUAUAAUUUGAUGGUUGUUUUAAAUGUAAAUUAAGUUGUUAAGACUCAUGUUCGAAUUGUUCAAGUAUGGGAUGUUUAGAAUGCAAUACUAAGGGAUGGGAAUACAAUCCUUUAGAGAUGAAAUGUGAAACAAUUUGUGGUGAUGGAAUUCAUGUACAAGAUUACGAAGAAUGUGAUGAUUUAAAAGAUUAAGGGUGUUUUAAAUGUAAAUAUUUAUGUCAAGAAUCUUGUUAAAUUUGCUAUCGUAAUUUUUGUUUGAAAUGUAAAAAGGGUUGGAUAUUGAAUUCAUAUGAUAAAUAAUGUUAUCCUAUAAGUGGAGAUUCUUUGAUUGUUGGUAACGAAUAAUGUGAUGAUUUUAAUUAAAUCUCAAAUGACGGUUGUUAUCUAUCUCAGUAUUCAUGUCAAUAAUAAUGUUCAAAAUGUCAAUAUGGAAUUUGUUAUGAUUGUAAUAGAGGAUAUUAUCUUUUUUUAAAAAGAUGUUAUGAAAUUAAUAAUGACGGCUUAAUAGUUGGAUAGGAAAACUGUGAUGAUAUGAACCUAAUAGGAUAAGAUGGUUGUUUUUAGAGAUAAUUUGAUUGUCCGAGAUUUUGUAUAUCUUGUGUUUAGGGAAUGUGUUAAUAAUGUCUGAAAUCUUCUGGUUAUGGAAAAUUGGAUAAAUUUAAUAAUGAAUGUGUGUCUUUUUGUGGAGACGGGAUAAAGUCAUUGGAAGAAAUUUGUGAUGAUGGCAAUUAAUAACCAUAUGAUGGUUGUUUUAAUUGUUAGUAUUCUUGUGAUAUUAAUUGUAAAAUUUGCAACGAAGGAAUUUGUGAGGAAUGUCAAAAUGGCUAUUAUCUAAAUACAAAAACAAAUAGUUGUUUUAGUAUUUGUGGUGAUGAGAUAAUUGCUUUAAAUGAAUCAUGUGAUGAUGGAAACAAGAUUAGCCAUGAUGGAUGUUCUGAUUGCAAUUAUUAAUGUCAUAAAUAAUGUACAACUUGUGUGCAGGGUCUUUGUUAUUAAUGUAUUGGAAUUGGAUGGGAGAUCAAUAUAACAACAAAAGAUUGUUAACCAGUAUGUGGUGAUGCACUUGUGAUGGGAAAUGAAUAAUGUGAUGAUGCCAAUGAAAUAGGAGAGGAUGGUUGUUAUGAAUGCUAUUUUGAAUGUUAAAAACAAUGCACCAAAUGUAUUAAGGGUUUUUGUGAAGAAUGUAAUACUGAAGGUUGGUAAUUGGAUUGGAAUUACUGUAUACCUAUUUGUGGAGAUAAUCUUGUAGUAGGGAAGGAAGAAUGCGAUGAUGGUAAUAAUAUACCAUAUGAUGGAUGUUUCUAAUGUUUAUAUUAGUGUUAACCUGAAUGUACAGAUUGUUAAUUAGGUAUUUGCAAUGCCUGUAAGGUUUAAGGGUGGGACUUAAAAAACCAUAUUUGUUUCCCUGUUUGUGGUGAUGGAUAUGUUGUUUAAGGAUAAGAAUAAUGUGACGAUGGUAAUUCAAUAUAAUUUGAUGGUUGUUUUAUGUGUUAAUACCAGUGUGAAGAAAUUUGUACUUUAUGUGAAUUAGGUAUAUGUUAUGAAUGUAAUGUUAUUGGUUGGGUAAUAGAAUAUCAUAGAUGUAUUCCAUUUUGUGGAGAUGGAAUUGUCAUUGGAUAUGAAUAAUGUGAUGAUAUGAAUGAUGAUUUUAAUGAUGGUUGUUAUAAAUGUUUAUUAGCGUGUGAUUAAUAUUGUCUGGAAUGUGUUGAAGGAGUGUGUUAAAAAUGUGAAUUAGGUAGAUUUGUAGAAUAAAAUAUUUGUCUUGCAAAAUGUGGAGAUGGUUAUUUUGUAAAAUCAGCAGAAUUAUGUGAUGAUGGGAACUUGGAUAAUGGAGAUGGUUGUAAUUCUCAUUGUGUUGUUGAACAAGAUUUCACCUGCUUUAAUAAUGAAGGCAGUUUCUCUAAUUGUUUUUAUUCUAAGCAACCAUUCUUCACAAUAAAUCUUUUAACUAAAAAUCCUGAAGAUUAUGAAGAUGUCCAAGUCAAAUUUGAUCAAAAAAUGAAGUUUGCAAACAAAGUAAAUAAUGAAAUCUUCAAUUUUAUCAAUGUUGACAUCCUUAACAUGGAAAAUAGCGAAUUUAAAAUCACUUAAAAUUUUUAAAAAACUAGUUAAAUUGAUGAAAUUACUGAAAUUAUUUUAAAUUUCAGGAUCAAUUUUUUUGUUCCUGUCGAUAAUCCUGUGUUCUAAAUUACAUUUUUAAAUGACCCAAUACUAUCAGAAUUUAAUUUAACUCUUCAAGAAUAAUCAAAAUCAUUAGUUUUACUUACACCAUCAGUUCUAAGUGAAGCUCAAAAAGCUAUGGCUGAAAGUGCUUCAGCCUUCAAUCAAGCUGUAAUUUAUGCUUUAGCAGGUUUAUCCACUUUAUGCUUACUAACAGGUUCCUCUGAUAUUUUUUGGAAUCUCAUGGACCAAUUACAAUACUUAUCUUAUAUUAAAUACAUCAAUAUUCAAUUUCCAAACAAUCUAAAUAUUUACUUUGAUGUUUUUAAAUUAAUUACCAUUUCUCCUUUAAUGGCUGCUCUUGGAAUUGAUAAGCUAUUUGAUUCCUUAGAUGGAGAAGGCUCUUAUUUUAUCCUAACUACUAAUAAAUUUCUUAAGGAUGAAAUUAAUGCUUACUUUCUUACUAAUUUUUAGAGCUUUCUAUUCUGUUUCAUUUCUGCCUAUGGAGGCUAUUUGAUAACUAAACAUGCACACAUAUUACUCUACAGAAUUGGACCUUAUUAUAUAUCAAAAUUCAAUUUAACAAUUGGAAAAUGGAUAUAUUCUGGAAGAAGAAGCUUGAAACAAAAAUCCUAAGAGUUUUACUAUAAUGGUAUUCUCAGAAUAAUCAUGUCUAAUUCUUAUGAUUUAUGUUUUGCCAUGACUAUACAAUUAUCAUAUUUUCAAAGUCAAGAUUUUGUUCUAGUAAUCAACUAUUGUUUAUCAGUCCUAGCUUUUAUAUCUUACAUUACUGUUUCAAUUUAUACUUUUAGUGUAAUGCAAAGCUUCUAGAGUACAUCUACAUUAAAACCUAAGAAAUAAUUUGAUGCCUUGUUUGAAGGAGUCUUGGAAUCAAAAUCAAUUUGGGUUACUUAAUAUAACGCUGUAUUGCUUGUUAAAAAAUUGAUUUUCAUAAGCUUAAUAGUAUUUAUGUAACAGGAAGGUCAAAUUUAAACAUUAUGUAUUGCUAUUAACUAAACAAUGUUUUUAUGUUAUCUUAUGAUAAGCAAACCUUUAGCGAAUUCUUAUGAGUAUUUUAAAACCCUUUUUACUGAAUCAAUUAUAAUUUUUAACACAAUAUCCUUCAUUAUCUACGCAUACAGAGUAGAACUAUCCUUAAAUCUAGAAAACUUAAUUAAUUUAGGAUGGAUUCAUAUUUUUGCAUCCACAUCAAUUUUAGCUGUAUCAUUUAUUUUUGAUUUUAUUCAAUAAUCUAAGAUAGUUUUAGGAAAAUUAAAGAAAUUAAUCCAAGGUCCUAUUUCUGAAGAUUAAGGAGCCUCUAUUCAAUUAUUUUAUUGA